CAUUCUCGCGCUCUGGAUCCCCGCCUUUCAUUUGCUUCCGGUAUCUCCUUCUUGACUGUGACCACGGUGAAAUCUCUCCAAAAUCAACCAUGGCAGAACCAGUUGCUGAUAUCGCCCUCAUUGGCUUGGCCGUCAUGGGCCAAAACCUCGUCCUCAAUAUGAACGAUCAUGGCUUUGUGGUAUGCGCUUUUAACCGUACCGUCGAGAAGGUCGAACGUUUCUUGGAGAAUGAAGCCAAGGGUACCAAGGUUGUAGGAGCCAAGUCGCUUGAAGACAUGGUCAGCAAACUCAAGAAACCUCGUCGGGUCAUGAUGCUUGUCAAGGCCGGAAGUGCUGUAGAUGCCUUCAUCGAUAAACUGGUUCCUCUCCUUGAGAAAGGUGAUAUCAUCAUUGAUGGUGGAAACUCUGAAUUCCAAGACAGUCAGAGGAGAGUGAAGGCUCUGGAAGAGAAGGGCUUGCUGUUUGUUGGUAGCGGUGUAAGUGGAGGAGAAGACGGUGCCCGCUAUGGUCCCUCUCUCAUGCCUGGAGGCUCCCCGAAAGCAUGGCCCUUCAUCAAGGACAUCUUUCAGGGAAUCUCCGCCAAGGUGGGCACCGAGCCAUGCUGCGAUUGGGUUGGUGAGGACGGAGCCGGUCACUACGUGAAGAUGGUACACAAUGGUAUUGAGUACGGUGAUAUGCAGCUGAUCUGUGAGGCCUAUAACCUGAUGAAGGAUGUACUAGGCAUGUCAUGUGGUGAAAUGAGCCAGGUAUUUGAAGACUGGAACAAAGGAGAGCUUGAUUCAUUCUUGAUUGAGAUCACCAAGGAUAUCUUGGCUUUCAAGGAUGCAGAUGGAGCGUAUCUCGUUGAGAAGAUCAGGGACAGGGCUGGACAGAAAGGCACAGGAAAGUGGACAGCUAUUUCUGCUCUGGAUUAUGGUAUGCCUGUUACGCUCAUCGGCGAGGCUGUGUUUGCUCGCUGUCUCUCUGCUAUCAAGGAUGAGAGAGUGGAGGCCAGCAAGCAGCUCGAGGGACCUGCUGCCGCACCAUUCACAGGAGACAAGAAACAGUUCAUUGAAGACAUCAGACAGGCCCUCUAUGCAUCAAAGAUCGUAUCAUACGCUCAGGGAUUCAUGUUGCUGAGAGAGGCAGCUAAGAUCUAUAACUGGAAACUCAACUAUGGAGGCAUUGCUCUGAUGUGGAGGGGAGGUUGUAUCAUCCGUAGUGCGUUCUUGGGCAACAUCAAGGCUGCAUUUGAGAAGAAUCCUAACCUGACCAAUCUCCUACUCGAUGACUUCUUCAAGAAUGCUAUCCACAAAUGCCAGGCAUCAUGGCGAAAGGUUCUAGCAACAGCAGUUACUGUCGGAGUUCCGACCCCAGCUUUCAGCACCGCCUUGGCCUUCUAUGAUGGCUACCGUUCAGCUCGUCUUCCAGCCAAUCUUAUACAGGCUCAGCGUGACUACUUCGGUGCGCACACCUAUGAGCUCCUCUCCGACCCGGGCAAGUUUGUUCACACCAACUGGACUGGUCAUGGAGGAAACGUUUCAUCUAGUACUUACAAUGCCUAGAGUCCUUCUUCCACUCAAGCAGUACAUCAUCAACAAGCACGCUCUCCUCCCAACCAUAUGGUGGCAUCUCCAAAAACAACUGAUUUUGAUAAUUUUUUCAUCAUACACUGAAGGAUGUGACAUCACUUCCAAGUCUACUUCUUUUAAAUCAAAACUCUAGAUAAUAUUAUAUCACAUGGUACUUUUAGAGGGAUUAUUUGGCUGCAUAAAAGUUGCUAUUAUGGUAACGACAAUGUUAAUUACCAUGGUAAAAAUGCAAAAUAGCCAGUAAAAAUGAAUGAUUUUUUUCAAAAUUACAAGUGGAAAGCAUAGAUGUCAUGAUAGUCAUGUUUAUGCUACAGGGCCUAUAUUAAGGGACAUAUAAAUCUAUGUGUACCAGUGCACAAAACUUGGCCUUGCCAGGAAAGGAGGGGAGGCGUGCUUGUUGGAAGUACUUAAGCUGACUUAGAACUUAAGUAUUGUUUUCUUAAAAAAUGGAUGUUAUAUAAUUUUAUACUACAGAGAUAUAAAAAAAGAUUAAUUCAAUAUACUUCUAGAAGACUUUGUAUGAAAUUGCAAAGCACAUUUUCUAUACGAGAUAACAGAUGGCAUAUGAGUGGUGCUUAACGUUAGCUUAGUAGUCGGUGUAUUAUUUGGUUUAACCGUAUUUAUUUACGAUGUUCGUAUUUUGUUUCAUGCUAGUCCAGUUUCACAAACAUCCGGGAACAUGGUUCACUUUAGAUUUGUUACAAUACUGAAUUGCUUAUUAUAAUAAAAUUUGAUGAGAUGUUUUUUCUU